CACAGUGGGGUUCGACUUUUGAAAAAUAAAUCAGGGGGCGAUUACUUUGAUGGCCAUAAGGCCUUCCUUGGAAUUCACCGUCUCCAACCACCACAACCUCCUCCUCCUCCUCAACCGCCGCCACCCUUCUCUCUCUUUCUUCACUUCUUCUCCUCCUCCUCCUCCUCUCUUCCCGCUCCGCCGCAUCGCUUCCUCCGCCACUCCCCUCACCCACCGCCCGCUGCGGCCGCUCCACCCUCCCCCCGAAACCCUGGCUCAGAAGAUCUGCAAGUCGAUCCGCCGCCCCGGCGCCGCCUCCAAGGCCCGGGUUUACUCCGAUGUCAACGUCAUCCGCCCCAAGGAGUACUGGGACUACGAAGCCCUCACCGUCCAAUGGGGGGAGCAGGAUGAUUACGAGGUGGUGAGGAAGGUUGGGAGGGGGAAAUACAGUGAGGUGUUUGAAGGUUUUCACUGUACAGAUAACGAGAAAUGUAUCAUCAAGAUUCUUAAGCCUGUUAAAAAGAAGAAGAUUAAGAGGGAAAUAAAAAUAUUGCAGAAUCUUUGUGGAGGCCCAAAUAUUGUGAAGUUGCUUGAUAUCGUCAGAGACCAGCAGUCAAAGACGCCGAGUCUUAUAUUUGAAUUUGUGAAUAAUACAGAUUUUAAAGUGCUGUAUCCAACACUUUCAGACUAUGACAUACGCUACUACAUCUAUGAACUUCUCAAGGCUUUGGAUUAUUGCCACUCUCAAGGUAUUAUGCAUCGAGAUGUGAAACCCCAUAAUGUUAUGAUUGAUCAUGAGCAGCGUAAGCUGCGCCUCAUAGAUUGGGGCCUUGCAGAGUUCUACCAUCCUGAAAAAGAAUAUAAUGUUCGCGUUGCCUCAAGGUAUUUCAAAGGUCCUGAGCUUCUUGUUGAUUUACAAGAUUAUGACUAUUCUUUGGACUUGUGGAGUCUUGGUUGUAUGUUUGCUGGAAUGAUAUUUCGGAAGGAGCCAUUCUUCUAUGGACAUGAUAAUUACGAUCAGCUAGUGAAAAUAGCAAAGGUACUUGGAACUGAUGAAUUAACUGCUUAUCUACACAAGUAUCGCAUAGAGUUGGAUCCACAUCUUGGUGCUCUUGUGGGGAGGCAUAGCAGGAAACCAUGGACAAAAUUCAUUAAUGUUGAUAAUCAGCAUUUAGCAGUUCCUGAGGCCAUCGAUUUUAUAGACAAAUUACUACGGUAUGAUCACCAGGAAAGGCCAACUGCAAAAGAAGCAAUGGCCCAUCCUUACUUCCACCCAAUUAGAAAUGCAGAAAGCAGCAGAACUCGCACCCAAUAGUUCAAGCUCAAGAUCCUUGCUGGAUCAUGGUGUCUUCUUUGUGAUCGGAUCCACCCACUGUAAUUUCUGCCCCAGUUUUUCUUGUGGAGGUUGAGUACAGAUAUAGGGUUUGCAUGUGUUUGGGUUUUCAUAAAACACAGUUUUGAUUAAAUUUUCAUGUUGCAAGAUUUCUGUACUGGCUAGUUCAAUUUUGCGUGCGCCCCCAAAGUCCCAAACUGUAUGUAUCUGAUUCAGUCAGCAUUUAACUCCAUUCCUUUUCAAUCAAUUAGACAUCAUAGUGUGCUUGUUUAACUACCUUUUUGGUUAAUCAAUGGAACAUUUGGUUUGUUA